AAGAGUGAGAAUUUGGAGCAGAGAGAAUUCAAAGCAGGAACUACGAGAAGGGCGCCUUUUAUGUGAAUGGGAGCGCGCACGUGAAUCCACAGUCGGCAGCCUGAACACCAACCGAGCAAGAGCACAUCAGCCCCUAUUCGGGCUGCUUCUGUGCUCACAGCCCUGUCUGCUAAAUCCCCCCGCAUCAAAAUUUUCCACACUCACACAACCGUCCAAGUUGGGACUAGAAACAUCACCCCUUCGGCGGACUUCUUGUCAAAUCUAUAUUUUGAACUUGAAGCUCUUGCCAAAAGAAAGCCCCCCCUACCUACCAUUCAAACUUGAUAUUCAAGGAAUCAACGGGGUGAUUGCCCGGUCUCACACCUCGCUCUAAGCCAGACCCACACCAGUCGAGAGGAACAGGCAACCUGAGCAUCUCAUGCCUGUACUUUGGGCAUAAAGUACAUGAAAGAAACCUCACCAGCUGCUUACAUACCCGACUGUGGUGAUGUCAAACGGCUCGAAAAAUCCCCCGGGCUCGCGCUUGGCCGGACUCCUGGAGCGACGUCAAGAGUUGACCGAAGCCAUCGAGGCCUCCCCUUAUGACUUGGUCCUGUAUCUCCAGCGCAGCGCCGUGUAUUCGAGUCUGGAAUACCCUGAUCUUGCCUGCGGCGAUGCCUACCGGGCUCUCCUUCUGACAGACGAGGUCAUCAACGAAGGCUUCGAGUACCAUGAGCAAGCCGUCGAGAGCCUGGAAGAGUACUCUAACAACAACCUCCCAGAGAUGCUGCGACAUGUUCCUCAGAUGACCGCCAAACCCGAGCUAACCGAUGAUGCCACGAAGCACGCUGAGCUCGUUGCAGCGGCCCUGCUCCGCUGCUUUCACCUUCUGUCCCUAAGUCUGCUUUUAUGCGGCUGCCUGAAGAGUGCACACAUCUUCUGCGAAAGGGGCCUAGCAUCCUUCCCAGGCGAGAAGGAGCUUCUUGGCCUAAGACGCAGAGUCGAUGCAGCAGCCCGUUCGAGGCUAAAGCGGGACUCGUACGAUACCGAAGACCUGCCGGACAGUGGCCUCGCUCGCCGAGAGGUUUACCCCUGGAAUACGCACGAACCCGACCGAUUCUCGGAAGAGUCCCUUGCCUUUCUCAAUGCUGAGCUCGCCAAGAUGGCACCCAAGUGUGUGGUCAAGGCAUCGGAGCUGCCCAUCCUGUUUGACGGUGGCCAGCAGCAGGACCAGCAGUCGGCAACCGCCACCCCAACAUCAACGACCUGCAAACAACUCGGCGUGUUCGCAGCCCAAGACAUGGCCCCUGGGGAGGUCGUCCUGCGCGAGUUCUCGGCGCUCACGGCCAACAACCGGCUGCAGGAGCCCGUCUGCGACGCCUGCGGGGAGGAGCUGCCAGAGCUCGGCUCCGAGGGCGCGGCGGUCGAGUGCCCGGACUGCAGCGACGCCGUGUUUUGCAGCCAGGACUGCUUCGACCGCGCCAUGGAGCUCUACCACCCAGCCGUCUGCGACCUGGGCGUCGACUCCAUCUCCAAGGACCCCGAGGCCGCCGACGUGGACCACUCGCUCUACCUCCUCCUGCUCGCGCGCCUGCUCGCCAUGGCCGCGCACCAGGAUCUCCACCCGCUCGACGUGCGCGAGAUCAAGUACAUCUGGGGCGACUUUGCCUCGAAUCCGCCGGCGCUGCGGGACAGGGAAGACGGCGACGACGGCGACGACGACGGGUCUGGGGACCUGUCUUUCCACACCCGCCCCGGCUGCACCCUCCCCUUCUCCUUCAAGUUCAACGUCGAGGCGCCGCUGCACGUGCUGGAGCGCAUGGACGUCGACGUCUACGCGACGCUGGCGCGGCACGACGUCUGGGUGCUCAACACGUGCUACGCCAAGUUCCGUGGCACGGCGUCGGCGCGCAAGAGCACGCGCGACGGCAGGCCCGACGUCGCUGCCGUCCACCCCUUUUGGUGCCUCGCCAACCACGACUGCGACCCAAACGUCACCUGGGAGUGGGGCGGCAAGAUGUGCUUGAAGGCUCGGGAGCAACGCGUGGCUUGGGUUAAAAGGCAAAGCGAUGGCGACGACAAGGACGCCCAGGGGGCUGCUGCUACUGUCCGUCGACAACCUGCUGGUAUAAAAGCCGGCGAGGAGGUGUUGAACCACUAUUGCGAUGUCGAUAUGUCAGUUCAGCAACGGCGCGAAUGGGCUAGUGGCAGUCUCGGAGGUUGGUGUAUGUGCCAAAGGUGCCAAAUCGAAGCUGCUGCCAAGACAAGCUAAAAGAAGGGAUUUUACAAUAUGAAAACUGAGGCAACAAGGUCUAGCAAACUUAUAUUUUACAAAGAAUAUAAAUAUGACAAAAAGCUCACCGCCCAACCCCGGAUGGGGGUGAACAGCUACGAAAACCCUCACUGGAGGGUUUUACUUCGAGUUACAGUGUGGACUCUACAGGUG